AUGAGCCGUAUCGACAGACCCCGCACUCAUUCUAUUGCUGCGACAAAAACCGAAGCGGACACAGUCAGUGUUGGAGAGCAGAUCGCGUUGGAGAAGGAUAAUGCUAUCAAAUAUCGUAGCUGCAGCUGGCAAAAGACUGCCGCAUUAUUAUUCUCGGAAUAUAUUUGCCUGGCUAUCAUGUCUUUUCCCUACUCGUACGCAGUUCUUGGACUGGUUCCAGGGCUGAUCCUCACUAUUGUGAUCGCCGGGACAGUGUUAUACACGUCGUUGAUUGUCUGGGAAUUUUGUAUGCGCCAUCCGGAAGUUAAAGAUGUGUGUGAUAUUGGACAAAUGCUCUUCUGGGGCAAGUCGUGGGCGUGGUACCUCACGGCGGCCUUGUUCAUUGGCAACAACACAUUUAUCCAAGGGUUCCACUGCCUUGUUGGGUCCAAAUAUCUCAAUUCGGUAACCAACCACGGUCUUUGCACUAUCACCUUCUCUGUCCUCACCGCAAUUAUCUCAUGGGCUUGCUCGCUGCCCCGGACCUUUUCGACCCUCUCCUCCUUGGCGACUGCAUCGGCGAUCUUCACAUUCGUCUCCGUGAUCCUUGCAACAAUAUUCGCUGGCAUUGAGGACCAUCCAGCAGGAUAUCCCUCGAAAGGUCCGAUUGAAAUCCUGAUCAUCCCUGCGGCGGGUACGGGUUUCGUUGCAGGAAUGAACGCUUUCAUGAACAUCAGCUACACGUUCAUCGGCCAGAUCACACUCCCGUCCUUCAUCGCCGAGAUGAAGGAACCAAAGGACUUCCCUAAGGCGUUGUGGGCCGUGACGAUCGCAGAGGUCAUCGUCUUUUCAAUAGUCGGAUCGGUGAUGUACGCAUUCAGCGGCUCAAACUACAACGCAUCCCCUGCAUUUGCCGUGCUCGGGAACGAGGUGUAUAAGAAAGUCUCCUUCUCCUUCAUGAUCCCAACGAUAAUCUUCCUCGGCGUCCUCUACGCCUCCGUCUCCGCCCGCUUCAUCUUCUUCAACGUAUUCAGCGGCACCCGACAUCUGGGUAGCCACACCGUUGUCGGCUGGGUGACGUGGGCGGCGAUCCUCGCGGUCACAUGGAUCGUAGCGUUCAUCAUCGCGGAGGUGAUCCCGUUCUUCGGGGAUCUGCUGAGUCUGAUGAGCUCUGUUUUUGACUCCUUCUUCGGGUUCAUCUUCUGGGGUGUUGCGUACAUGCGCAUGAGGCGCAUGGAUUACGGGCCGCGAUACUGGGAAAAGAGAGGCUUCAGGGGGUGGUUCGGCCUUUUUGUCAACAUCUUCCUCUGCAUCACUGGCCUCUUUUUCCUGACUGGCGGAACUUAUGCUUCGGUGCAGAGCAUUGUCGAUGGGUACAAUGCCGACAGUUUUGGAGGCCCGUUUACCUGCGAGUCGAAUGGGAUUUAG